AUGGCCGAAGAAGGGCACAUGCAGGAAUCGACCAAGGGGAAGGUACCAAGUUCACCUCCCGGACCCUCGCAGACCCUCGCCCUUCCACCGACGUUCUACGCCGACAAACUGUCCAACGCGGCUAAAGCGAGGAAACCGUGUCCUAUAGGAAGCAAAUCAGGCAUUCUAUCGAUGGUCCUCGGCCAGCCAAACCCCUCAACCUUUCCCUUUGAGAAACUCACGAUACAAGUCAAACCGACCACCGCCGCCGGUGCCGGUGAUGAUAAUGUACGAGACGUUACUACUAAUCUGGUUCUCGAGCUCCAGGAGGAACUGGAGGUGGCGUUGCAGUAUGGGCAGACGGCUGGUGUGACCGAGUUGGUCGAGUGGAUUCAGGAGAUGAUGAGUGACGUUCAUGCGAGGAAGUACGACCUUAUAAUUAUCGAAGAUGACCCGUAUUACUUUUUGUACUACGGUAACCUGCCUCGUCCGCCUUCUUAUUUCUCUUUGGAGAGAGAGCUUGGAGGAGAACUGGGGAGGGUCCUUCGACUUGAUAGUUUCAGCAAGGUUUUGGCUCCUGGGUUCCGGCUUGGGUGGGCUACAGGCCCCAGGGAACUGUUGGAUGCCAUUGAGCGACACAAUUCGAUCUCCGUCGCUCAAGCAAGCACCUUUUCCCAAAUUAUCACUCUCAAGCUCUUGCGGGAAUGGGGUCUGAAUGGUUUCCUCGCUCAUACACGUCAGAUUGCAGAGGUUUACAAGAAGAGGCGAACGGUCUUCAACGCAUACCUCGAGCGUCAUCUCUCUGGGUUGGCGGAAUGGAGGGUCCCGGAUGCUUCGAUGUAUUUCUGGGUUAAGCUGAACUUGCUGACUGGUAAAUCAUUAUCAUCGUUCUACUUCACGUUUCCUAGUAGUACUGAUCGAAACGAUAUCUUUUCGCCAGCAGACUCGAGUACGUUCAUCCGAGAAAAGGCGAUCUCGAAUGGCGUGCUGGUUUUACCUGGUCAAGUUGCCUAUCCAGAUGGAAGGACCACGGCGUUUGUGAGAGUCGCGUUUGGGAUGCUUUCUGAUGAAGAUAUGGAAGAGGCGGUGCGGAGGCUUGCGAAGGUCUUGAAGGAGGAGGAGAGAUAA